UCGUGUGUGUGUAUAUAAACGCAUCCCUUUAGCAAGUGAGAGGCCAUAAUUUGACUAAACCGAUCCGACAUGGAGAUGUUUGCAGUUAAGUUAGCAAAUCUCCCAUCUAAAUUCGCCAAAUCUCGAUCCCCUUUCUUCCUCAAUCUCCUCUACUUCUUGUUCUUCUCCUUUGUCGGUUUCUUGGCUCUCAAGAUAUCAAAACCUAGAACCAGUUCCCACCUCCACGACCUGGACAUCUUCUUCACUUCUGUCUCCGCAGUUACUGUCUCGAGCAUGUCCACUUUCAAUAUGGAAGUCUUGUCCAAUACCCAACUCAUCAUCGUCACCCUCCUCAUGUUCCUCGGCGGCGAAGUCUUCACUUCCAUGCUCUCUCUCUACUUCUCUCACUCCGUCAAAAUGUCCCAAAAGAUCGAACGCUUCAUUCGUUCGUUCAGGUUGGAUCAACACGAUCGUAAGAUCGAGUCUUCUGGACCAGUCGUUUUGUACGGAGAUCGUCGGGGAAAUGAUGUUGAAAGUACUGUAGGAGAAGGUGAUGAUGCCGAUGAAUUCAAAGACAGGGCUUCUAGGAGUUUGUACUCUGUCGUUCUUGGCUACCUUCUCGUGGUACACACAAUUGGUUCGAUGUUGCUUCUCGUCUACGUAACCGUUGUCAGAACCUCGAGAGAAGUUCUGAGGUCGAAAGGCAUCUCGCUUUUCACGUUCUCCGUCUUCACGACCGUGUCCACGUUCGCGAACUGCGGCUUCGUGCCCACGAACGAGAACAUGAUCGUGUUCAGGAAGAACUCGGGCCUUCUCUUGCUCAUGAUCCCGCAAGUUCUGAUGGGCAACACUUUGUUCCCUUGUUGCUUGUUCUUGUCCAUCUGGGCACUCUCCAAAUCCACGAACCGACGCGAGUUCGGUUACAUCCUCAAGAACUACAAGAAGAUGGGUUAUUCCCAUUUGCUGUCGUCUCGUCAUUGCCUUCUUCUCGGGGCCACGGCGUUCGUGUUCAUAAUAUUACAGCUUGUUCUGUUCUGCUCCAUGGAGUGGAAGUCUCAGUCUCUAGAGGGUAUGAGUUCGUACGAGAAGUUUGUCGGAUCUUUGUUUGAAGUAGUGAAUUCGAGACACGCAGGCGAAUCCAUCGUGGAUCUCUCCACCAUCUCCCAAGCCAUCCUGGUGGUGUUCAUCAUUAUGAUGUAUCUUCCGCCAUACACUGUGUUUAUGCCUUUGACCGGAGAAGAGGAGGAGAGGGGGGAUGAUGAUAACGGAGAUCAAGUCAAGAAGGGUGGGAAGAAAGAGAGCGUCGUGGAAAGGAUUUUGAUGUCCCAACUCGGCUUUUUGUCAAUAUUCGUAAUUCUCAUUUCCAUAACGGAGAGGCACAUGCUCCGUCGAGACCCACUCAACUUCAACGUCCUCAACAUCAUUCUCGAAGUUAUCAGUGCAUAUGGAAACGUGGGGUUCACGGCGGGUUAUAGCUGCGAACGACGGCUGAACGCAGGCGACGGGCACUGUGAAGAUGCGUGGUACGGUUUCGCCGGGCGGUGGAGUCCCGCCGGAAAAUUCAUACUGAUAAUUGUCAUGUUCUUCGGCAGACUUAAGCAGUUCACUGCUAAUUCCGGCAAAUCCUGGAUACUUUACCCCUCCUCUUCUUGACACAGCAUAUACAUAUAUAUAUAUAUGUAUAUGUAUAUGUCAUGUCUGUAUGUGCAAGUGUUAAGUGUGUUUUGUGUUUGUGUCUCUGGUUGCUUGAUACAUGCAUGUACUUGGCAGUUUAUAUCUUAUAAAUAACUUAAUCCACAUAGUUUUACUU